AUGGCUCCAGAUCCACCACCAGCGGCUGUGACCCUGGAUUCAGCACAACUUCACGCCCUCCUCGACAUUCUCACCCACGACGAGACGUACCGUGAAGCCGCGGAUUUCAAAUACCCACACGCCGUCAAAGACUACGGCUAUCCCUUCAACCACGACACAUCACAGCCCAACACUCCAACCUACAACCCCAAGUCCGCGUCCCCCUUGCUUCAACUUCUCCUCACCCGAUGCAUCCUCACGGUUCCCGGACUAGGCGACCUGCCUUCAGAUUUCUGGCCCACCAAAUUCCAGGGCAUCUUAACCAGGCUGGCCGACGUGGACCUCUCGGAAUCCUAUGACAAGGGUGCACCGGGAACUAGGAAGACUCUGGCGACCCUGGCAUGCGUGAUUCACGAAGCCAUCACGCGAGGCCUUCUGGGAGGUAUAGCGAAGGGCAGUGAGAGGGUCGACCUGCAAAAGGCCCAGUAUGACUCUGCUAGAGCACCCGAGCUCGCCAGAGCAUGGGACGAGUGUGUCCGUGAGCUUGUCCAUGGGAAUCUCGCCGACGAGCUGUUCGACCACUGUGCCAAAAAUGAGGACUUUGAGUCCCAUUCGCCCGCAGUGAAGGCGGCAGCAGACUAUGCGAUACUGCAUAUUGCCUCACUGCUUCACCACAUAUUGGUGCUCUCCGCAGAAGGGCAGUACCUGGUUAAGUUGAUCGAAAAUGUGCACAAACUAGUGCCUUAUACCAUGGUUCGUCAGACGCUGAGAAUAGGGAACGCGGCUACGAUGAUCAACGGCAUGAUGCGUAUAUUCCUCGCCAAGAUGAGCGUUGCGGCGAUGACUAACUGGAUUGGAUGGACGAAAGAGGCUGACGACGGCAUGAAUCUGCUACAAAGGAUAAUAAACCUUGUGCUAUCUUGGGACGCCAGCGACUUCCGAAAGCAGGCCGAAAAGGUCGAGUCUUCCAAGGACAAACCAAGCAAGGAACAGCUAGCUGCGCUGCGGGAGCACAUGGCCUUGCCACGAGAGGCUCAUGAGGAAGCUCGGCGGACCAGCCUGGCGGAGCAGAAGUCAAUUAUCGCAGUGAUCCUUGAAUCGACCGACCCCAAACUAACAGCAUCAAUGAGCGAAUCUCAGCACACGCAAUGCCUAGAAUGGUACUCGGCACAACUGUCAGUUCGAGACCGAGAUGAGAUCAGCAAUGUGUUCUGUAAAUCGAGCCCAGAUUACUUAACGGCCGUAAUGCGUGAUGCAGUGUCUGCGUACGAGCCAUUCAUCAGAAGUCUUCACGGCAGCUUGGAUCUCCGGCCGCACGUUACAUCACUGGAGGCUUUUUUGAAUGACUUUAUCGAGACGAGCAAGCCGAAGCAGGUAAAGAACCGCGAUGGUGGCAAGUGGAAGAAUCUAGGAUCUGGCAGCGGCAAGAACACACCCGUGCAGACGAGACCUCCGUCGGUGGAGGACUACGUGGCCCUUCUGCGGCGGAAUCGGCACCUCCUCUACAAAUACCUUCACCAGUUUGCCGAGAAUUGCACCGAUGUCCGGGAGAAGUUCCGCAACUGGGCCAACGGGACGGUACACAAUUUUAGAAAUGCAGGGGAGACGGAAGCAGCGAACAGCGGCGGGGCGAGACCAGGUGCAGCGGGGGCAGUGAGCGGCUCCCUGCAGGAGAUAUUCACCCAGCUGCCGCCAGAGACGCAGCAGUCGGUUCUAGCUGGCCUGGACUCACACGCAGCGUACCUUUCGAAAGCCUCGAGCUUAUCCAUGCAGCGCAUGCAACGCAUACUCGACGCAUUGAAUGAUGGUUCGAACAAGGUUGACGAGAAGGAGGGCAGCAGCAAGCGUAACACCCCGCGAGGCAGCUCGGAAGGGGAUGACAUGUCCGGGCCCGGCGUAUAUCUGAUGCGGUGGGAAUCACUCCUCGACAGCACGCUCAUCACACCCGCGACCCCCCAUGGCCCGGUUCGAAGAGGCAGAGAUGUCAAAGGCGAGAAGGUCUCGGGCAAGAUUGGCCCCGAGGGCGUGAAGGAAGGAUGGGACGCCGGUGCCAUCGCUAAACAGGAAGAUAGUGCUGUGCCUCAGGCGCCAGACGUCAGUGUUGUCAUGGAGGCGCUGGGAGAGAGCUUCCGGGAGGUGGUAAGGGAGGCCGUGGGCCAGGUGGGACCGCCGACGACGCCGAACUCCGCAGCCUAG